UUGACAUUCAGCAGGUGGGAUGAAAGGGUUAACCGGGGGAAAGCGAAAGCGUACCGUUCAUCAGUGUCAGUCGUAGAUAGUCUUUUAAUGAAGCCAAGCUGACAGUUAGUCAAUUUGGUAAAUAACGUUGACAGGCAACAUGAAAUAAGGCAUUUCAACGCAAAAGAUUCAUAUGAAUGCAGAUCACGGCACAUCGCAGAAUCAAACAUGGCGACUCCCAUGGAGCUGAGAUGCUGGGGAGGAGACUGGGGCAUACCUUCUGUGCAUUUUGAAUCCCUCAUUGUGCUGGCUUAUGGAAAAUUUGCAGGUGCAAAGAUUGCUGCCAAGCCCAUUGACUGGACAUGGAGGACUAUUACAGCCACAGUUCCAGAACUACACUUUGAAGGAUGCACCGUCCUAGAGCCCAUGAAAAUACUCAAUUUCCUUCGAAAACAGAGGUUCAAUGCUGACUACGACCUGACGGCCAAACAGGGUGCCGAUACGAUGGCCUACAUGGCCCUACUGGAGGAGAAACUGAGACCAGCACUGCUGCACGCCUUCUGGGUGGAUGCUGAAAACUACAUCAACAUGACGCGGCCGUGGUUCGCGUCGCACUCUCCCUUCCCUCUGAACUUCUUCGUGCCGGGUCGGCUGGCCAGCCUGGCCCACUCCCGCAUCAUGCUCACCAAAGCUGACUCCCCGUACUGCACCCUCGCGGAGGUGGAGGGGAAGAUUUACAGCGAAGCCAAGGAGUGCCUCAACUUACUGUCACAUCGAUUGGGUACUUCACAGUAUUUCUUUGGAAGCACGCCUACUAGCCUGGAUGCCUUUGUGUUUGGAUACGUGGCCCCCCUGUACAAAGCCCCCCUCUCCAGUGGCCAGCUACAACAGCACCUCAAGCAGCUCUCAAACCUCUGCACAUUCGUUGACAUCAUCCUCAGGAACUUCUUCAGAGAGAGCCCACCUGUGGAGUCCCCUCCGGUCAUUCAGGAGCCUGUAGAUGCCAACCUCCAGAAACUGACACAGCUGGUCAACAAGGAGUCCAACCUUAUUGAGAAGAUGGACGACAACCUGCGGAGCAGCCCUCAGCACCGUCCCCACAGGCCGGCCGCCCAGAGGUCCAAAAAGUCCACGCCAGCCUGACGCGACCUUCCCCCGCCCACCAGCUAAUCCUCGAUUCAGGAAGGAACCUUCCUGAAACUCAUUCCUGCACAACAGCCACCCCAAUCGUAGAAGCAGAACCACAACCCCAUCCCACUCUCGAGUCCCACCCAACACACACCCCGUCCCAAGUCCUCUCCAGGCCUGCAACCCCACUCCACAACACCACUAACACCUCCGUCCCCAGUCCCCUCCAGCCCCAUAACCCCCCCUCCACAGCACCCUGUCCCCAGCCUCAAAACCCCCCUCCACUCCCCAUGCCCCGCCUACAGCCACAAACCCCUAGCCAGGCCACGCCCUUCUAGUGACGCAACACCUUCGGCAAGUCUCGAAGAGAUUUGAAAGUCGAUGAUAAUCAGGCUACCAAACUGUCCCCUGUCCACGCCACAGCACUCUGUCCACUCCCCAGCCUGUUUCCAAUGAACCCUAUCCCCAGUCUCAGCAGCCUCUCAAGCACAUGUAACCCCACCCCGACACCCUCAUCCCCAGCCUCUCCAGCCCCAAAACCCCCCAUGAAACUCCACGACGUCCCGUCCACUCCCCAGCCCAUUUCCUCCACAUUCCACGCGUCUUCAGCCCGUAACCCCCCUCCACAACACCCUCAUCAUCCCCAGCCUCUCCUGCCUCUCCAGCCCCAAAACCCCCAUUCACUCCACAAUCCCCCGUCCACUCCACA